AUGUUUUCAGCAGUGAAGCAGGAGGUGAAGCAGGAGGUGAUGGAGGUGAAGCAGGAGGUGAUGGAGGUGAAGCAGGAGGUGAUGGAGAGUCUGCAGACCGUGGACCUAGAGUCUGCAGACCGUGGACCUAGAGUCUGUAGACCGUGGACCGUGGACCUAGAGUCUGCAGACCGUGGACCGUGGACCUGCUCUGACGCCGUCUCCUCUCGGCGUUCGUCACACUCCCACAGACGUCUUCUCUCCCCCAGUCUUCUCUCCCCCAGAGUUAUCUCCCCCAGAGUUAUCUCCCCCAGUGCUCCUCACUCUUUGUGGGACAGAAUUGUUGUGGAGGUGGAGGUGGAGGAGGAGGUGGAGGUGCAGGGGGAGGUUGAGGUGGAGGAGGAGAUGGAGGUGGAGGUGGAGGAGGAGGUGCAGGAGGAGGUGCAGGUGCAGGUGGAGGUGCAGGUGCCCGUGCAGGUGGAGGUGCAGGUGCAGGUGGAGGUGCAGGUGCCCGUGCAGGUGGAGGUGCAGGUGCAGGUGGAGGGGCAGGUGCAGGUGCCCGUGCAGGUGGAGGUGCAGGUGCAGGUGGAGGUGCAGGUGGAGGUGCAGGUGCAGGUGCCCGUGCAGGUGGAGGUGCAGGUGCUGGUGCAGGUGGAGGUGGGGUUAUAUUAG